AUGUAUGUCUUUUCAUAGUAACUGAAAAUGAAAAAUGGUAUCUUUUCUUUCCAUUUUCAUUUUCGCACAGUAUCUUCAGCAGUGAUGAACCUCGCGCUGAGACACUGAUCAUCUCAUUGAUCUUGACUACUUCUCUCUCUAGACCUGUAAAUCGAUCUUCAAAUUCUCGCAAAAACCCUAAAUUUUGAGUAAAAUCAAGAACGAAAAUGCAAAGGAAAGGAUCGAAUCAAAGGUUAUCAGGCAGUGGCAGCAGCAAUUUGCUGCUUCGAUCUCGAAUUUCUACUCUUAUGCUCUCCAUGUUCGCCACCAUUGCUUCAUUUUAUGUCGCUGGAAGGUUGUGGCAGGAUGCGCAGAAUAGAGUUUAUAUUAUAAAUGAGCUUGACAGAAUUACAGGUCAUGGGCGAAGUGCCAUUUCAGUUGAUGAUUCACUGAAAGUCAUUGCGUGCAGGGAACAGCAGAAGAAACUUUCAGCCCUUCAUAUGGAGUUGGCUGCUGCAAAAGAAGAAGGCUUUGUUUCCAAAUAUUAUGAAGUUGACAAUGUUAAGCCUAAGAAAAAGCCACUCGUUGUAAUAGGCAUAUUGACAAGCUUUGGGCGCAAAAAUAAGAGAGAUGCAAUUCGCAAGGCUUGGAUGGGAACAGGUGCCAUGUUGAAGAAGAUAGAGGAUGAAAAGGGCAUUGUUGCUCGGUUUGUUAUUGGAAGAAGUGAAAAUCGUGGAGAUAGUCUAGACUUGGAAAUUGAUGUUGAAAACAAAAAGAAUGAUGAUUUCCUUGUCCUUAAUGACCAUGUGGAGACUUCUAAACAACUACCAAAAAAGACAAUGUUUUUCUUUGCUCAUGUUGCCAAUAACUUUGAAGCAGAGUUCUAUGCUAAGGUCAAUGAUGAUGUGUAUGUAAAUAUUGAUGCCCUGGGAAAUACUCUUGCAGCUCAUGUGGAUAAGCCUCGUGUUUAUAUGGGAUGUAUGAAGUCUGGUGAAGUGUUCUCUGAACCGAACCAGAAAUGGUAUGAGCCAGAGUGGUGGAAAUUUGGUGAUGGGAAAUCGUACUUCCGUCAUGCUUCUGGUGAAAUAUUUGUCAUAUCACAAGCGCUGGGAAAAUUUGUUUCUAUAAAUAGGUCUAAUCUUCGUACUUAUGCACAUGAUGAUGUCAGUGUUGGCUCCUGGUUUAUAGGGCUUGAUGUCAAACACAUCGACGAGAGAAAGUUUUGUUGUUCGUCAUGGGCUACAGGAGCUAUUUGUGCAGGAGUCCCAUGAGAACUUCAGUAUUGUUCACUGGUUGCAACUUUUGAAGAUGGAUGCUGAUUUCUUUGACGAGAUUCUCAUAUUUGUUUGAGAUCCAUGCCUAGAGUCCAUUAUAUGAUUACUAUUUACGACACAUCAAAGCUCUAACGUUACCUUUUUUUAUAAUACUUCACAUAAUCGGGAUAGGUAGCAAUAGAUGAAUAGAACAAGUGAUUAUUGAACCACAGCUAGCCUUUACAUACGUCUAGUUUAUGUUGUAAAACUGAGGUUGUUAGCAUUAAACAUAUGUUUCUCUUUCUUCUCCGGCAGGUUCGUUCUGAAUAAGAAAAAUCAGUUUCCCUUGGCUUUGUAUGAUAUGCAACCUACUACAAACUGAUUUGUGCACCAAGUUCAUUGUUGUAAAUUAUCAUAUGAUAAUAUGUUCAUUGAUUGCAUAUUUUUAUUUGCUA